AUGGAAGACGACGAAGAAGCUCCACCUCUCGCCGUUGAAAUUGACCAACCCAGGGAACCCUACCCUCAGCAGCAAUCCAAUUCGAGCGGCCACAAAGACGGUGACGCGCCCGUCGGCGUCACCGUCAUCACUGGCUAUCUCGGUGCGGGCAAAUCCACUCUGGUUAAUCAUAUAAUAAAUUCUCAACACGGGAAGAGAAUUGCUGUCAUAUUAAACGAGUUCGGUGAGGAAAUUGGUGUAGAAAGAGCUAUGAUAAACGAAGGAGAUGGGGGUGCGCUUGUUGAAGAGUGGGUUGAGUUAGCAAAUGGGUGUAUAUGUUGCACGGUCAAGCACAGUUUAGUGCAAGCACUAGAGCAACUUGUUCAAAGAAAAGAAAGACUUGAUCAUAUAUUGCUGGAGACUACUGGGUUAGCCAACCCGGCUCCGCUUGCUUCGGUUCUGUGGUUGGAUGAUCAGCUAGAAUCGUCUGUCAAGCUUGAUUCAAUUAUCACCGUCGUGGAUGCCAAGAACCUCCGUUUUCAGCUCAGCGACAAUCAAAGUUCAUCUUCAUUUCCUGAAGCAUAUCUUCAGAUUGCAUUUGCGGAUGUUAUAAUUCUUAACAAGGUUGAUUUGGUUUCUCCAGAGGGUUCUGCGGAUUUUCUGGAGGAACUGGAGAAGGAGAUACAUAGUAUUAACUCACUUGCUAGUGUCCUUCGUUCUGUUCGUGGUCAAGUUGACUUGUCCAAUAUAUUGGACUGUCGAGCCUAUGAUGCUACGCAUGCUACUCAUUUAGAAUCAUUAUUGGUAGAAACUCGUGCUUUGUCUACGCAAGAUCUCCAUGACAAUGGUGUACGAACCUUAUGCAUUUGUGAGCCACGGCAGGUUGAUCUUGAAAAGGUUCGUUUAUGGCUUGAGGAGAUUCUUUGGGAGAAGAAACAUGGCAUGGAUGUAUACCGCUGCAAAGGGGUUUUGAGCAUUCACAAUUCAAAUCAAUUACAUACUUUGCAGGCAGUGAGGGAGAUAUAUGAGAUUGUGCCAACUCGUGAUUGGAAAAAGCAAGAAAAUCAGAUGAACAAGAUAGUGUUUAUAGGUCAUAAUCUAAAUGAGAAUGUUCUUACCGAGUCUUUUCAAGCUUGUGUAAAGUGA